ACAAGUCUUAAAGUUGCCAAGUUUGGGGACCCCUGCUCUAAGAUUGGAAUACUUUUCCAGACUCUUACUGGAAUUCGUCCCUGGCGGGGCUUGUAACGCAACUAAGAGGAUCUCUGAGUUUGCGAGUCUCCAAAGUGCUGGCAGUGACAAAUGAUUGAGCUUUGCUUAAGGCAGGAGCAGUGCAACCUUUGCAUCUUUCUUGGUGGCCUAAGGAAUCCUAUUCUUUAAAUCCCUGGCAGAGAAGUAGAGUCAUGAAAGGCAAGAACUUUAAUAACAAUGAUAAAUGGAAUAUCUUUUUUUAAAAAAAGAAUCUCCCCCCAAAAUCAAGGAAAAGAUGCAGAUAUUAUGAUGCUGUCCCAGUGCAUGUCAUGUCUUUACUCACUUUGUGAUAUUGUUCUGCCAAAAUAAGUGCACCUCCCAGUUACAAGAGCUCACCCGAUCUGAGGUCAUACUACUUCCUAGACAACCGGUCAAUCAAUCAGUGAUAUUCUGCAAUGUGUGACAGCAAUAGAAACUGCCAAAAGUGGCUUUGAAAGCGAGGUAACAUGAAGAACCAAGAUGGCGAAAGCAAAGCUUCUCUUCUACCCCCCAGUCCUUCCCAAAUAAGAGAUACUCUGGGGCCAGAAGACAGCGACUUAACCGAGGCUCCUGGAGGGAUUGCAGGAAGUGGGGAUUGUCGUCACCAACUUGGCCUCUCUGGCUUGAAACACUUUACUGAUGACAGGCUUGAAAUGCCAGUAAGCGAGGAGCAGAGGAAGAAAGAAGAGGCCCAUCUGGUAGAGGAGGCUCUGCCUUGCCAGCCGGUCCCCGAUGUUUCUGAAGAGCUGAGCCGACAGCUGGAGGAUAUUCUGAGCACUUAUUGCAGGGACACCAACCAGGAAGGGCCUGGAGAGGACAACGGCCAGAAUGAGUCUGUGGAGCUAGACGAGCCAGAGAAGUGCCGAAGCGAGUCCCCCCGAAACGGGGACCAAGAGCAGAACUGCCCUGAGAUAAAUGGCGAGAAGGAGGGUCCCAGGGGAAUUGGCGAUGAGAGUGGAGAGCGUGAUCACAAACGAGUCCAGGAGAAAAAGAAGCCCAGAGGGCUUGGAAAGGAGAUCACUCUUCUGAUGCAGACCCUCAACACCCUCAGCACCUCUGAGGAGAAGCUGGCAGCCCUCUGCAAGAAAUACGCAGAACUGCUGGAGGAGCACCGGAACUCUCAGAAGCAGAUGAAAAUCCUGCAGAAGAAGCAGACUCAGUUGGUGCAAGAGAAGGACCAUCUCCGAAGUGAGCAUAACAAGGCUGUUUUGGCUCGCACCAAACUGGAAAGCUUGUGCCGGGAGCUACAAAGACAUAACCGCACCCUCAAGGAGGAGGGUGUCCAACGAGCUCGUGAGGAGGAAGAGAAGAGGAAGGAGGUAACAUCCCACUUCCAGGUGAUGCUCAAUGACAUCCAGCUGCAGAUGGAGCAGCAUAAUGAACGCAACUCCAAACUGCGCCAGGAGAACAUGGAGCUGGCCGAAAGGCUGAAGAAGCUCAUUGAGCAAUAUGAACUGCGAGAGGAGCACAUCGACAAGGUCUUCAAACACAAGGACUUGCAGCAGCAGUUGGUGGAUGCCAAACUCCAGCAGGCUCAGGAGAUGUUGAAAGAGGCGGAGGAGAGGCACCAACGGGAAAAGGACUUUCUGCUGAAGGAAGCCGUGGAGUCCCAAAGAAUGUGUGAGUUGAUGAAGCAACAAGAGGCGCACCUUAAACAGCAGCUGGCUCUUUACACAGAGAAGUUUGAAGAGUUUCAAAACACCCUUUCCAAAAGCAGCGAAGUGUUCACCACGUUCAAGCAAGAAAUGGAGAAGAUGACCAAGAAGAUCAAGAAGCUGGAGAAAGAAACAACGAUGUACAGAUCCCGGUGGGAGAGUAGCAACAAAGCCCUUCUAGAGAUGGCGGAAGAGAAAACCCUCCGGGACAAAGAAUUGGAGGGGCUCCAAGUGAAAAUCCAGCGCCUUGAGAAGCUGUGCCGGGCACUGCAAACCGAACGCAAUGACCUGAAUAAAAAGGUCCAGGAUCUGUGUGCCUUUGCGUCUCUGACCACGGGGGCAGAGGUGGAGGAUCAGCCCCACGGCAUCCCGAAAGAGUUGGCCCUGCAGGGCCCUCGGGCAGGAGAGGACUUUGAUCUGGCCCAGACAAUGGGCCUCCCAGGGCCCCCCGAGCAGCCUGGGGCCCCCAGCGCAUGUCUGGCACCCAGGCAGCCGGCAGAGGAAGCUGCUGACUCUGCUCCGUAAAGGUGAAGGAAAUGUGGGCAAGUUGCAGCUUUCUCCAGGUGGAUCCAUUCCUCUUUUGAAGCCCCGUGCUGGGAUGAAAACUCUUCCGGGGCUUUCAGGUUAAAGCUUUUGACAAUACUGAAUGCUUCUUUGGCUUUUAAAAUAAUCUCUCUGUAUUAUCCAACAUGAUGUACAGCAGCAACAUCCACCUUUUAUAUAUAGAUCUAUAAAUGAGAUUGACUCUGUUCUGCGUGGUGCUGUGUGAACAUUUAGGUAUGUGGCAAAUCCAGCCAUGAGCCUUUUAAGAGGUGGGAAGCAAAGCAGGGGAAAUUUGCUAAUUCUGACCUCCUCCCACUGCAACAUCUGGCUGUUGUAGCUCUCAGUGAGUGCCAUACUAAUGCAGAUGCAAAGCAAAUAUCCCAGUGGGACUUUUGAGGGUUGAUUCUUUUUUCCACCCUGAAAUUUUCUUUCUUUUUCUUUUUUCAAGUACCAGAUCUGCCCUUUAAAGCCAGUGCUGGAGACUCAGGAGUUUGAUAAUGUGGUAGUUUAUUCUUUUUAGUCUGUAGUUUGCAGGGUGGGGACGGGGUUGGGGGAGAGAAGGUGGGGAAUAAAGCUGAUGUGUUACUGUGACAUGGGGAGAGGGAAGAGACCAAGGUGCCCCCUUCAUGGGUGUGGGUGGAGGAGGCAUCAUCUCCAGGACUUUGCUACUUCCAGAAUCGAUGUCUCAAUAGCCUUAUGACUUCACAGUUGCCUCGAUGAUUAUAUGUGUGCAUGCACAUAAACACACAGACACAAGCAAGUGUAUGUAUGUACUAAAGAUUUAAUCCAAAGGUUUUGCUUCCUUAACUGUUUUGCACAUGCUAAGCAUUCCUGCCUGUGUUUGUGCCUGGUGAAUUUUGGGUGGCAAAGUAAAUUCUCCUCUCUGUAACUUUCAAGGAGACAAAACUUAACCUCCCAGUCCAGACCACAGAGGCCAUGGGCCCAGGAGCUAGAACAACCUUGGUCCAACUCUUUGGCUGCCUGAGGUAUGUCCCAAUAGCACUUUUGAUGGAUUGUUUGUCUACAGGAUCAUGUGAGGUGUCCUCCGAGGUUUGGGGGUUAUUUUGUUCAUUUGGGCCCUUCUUCACUUAUAGCCAAUUCGUUAUUUUAAUUCGUGCCACUUUUGGUCUUAAAAGCAAUCAUAAACUUAACUCUUUUAGAUGGAAGCUAAAUCAGGGCCAUUUUAAGUAUUAAUAUAAAAUUCUUCUAUUGCUAGUAGCUUCCUUUCCACGAGAGAGAGAGAGAGAGACAGAGACAGAGAGACAGAGAGUGUGUGAGUGUGUUGGGAGGGGUGCUCACGGUUGAGCUCAAGGCCUGUCUGCUGCCAUGUCCUGUUCCUCUCCCCCCAUAGCAGUUCCUCUGGAAAAAUAGGCCAGAGUUUUAGGGAAUGAGAAUUAUUACUACAGUUUGUACAAUGUAAUCCCUGCCCCAAAUGGGAGACUGGGGCCCCUGUUUUCUGUGGGGUUCAGUUGCUGCUGAAAUUUUCCUCCACUCGCUCAGCUGGCAAGAAGAGAAUGGGCUGUUGUAAAUGGGCCCCAUAGAUUGUAAGCUGGGGAGAUCAUCUUUGUCCAUAUUUUUCUCUUGUCUUCUGCAGUGUCAAGAAAAUCUUCCAAUUUUUAAUGCUGUUGUACAAUAGACUUUCUGUUGUAUGUAUCUUUGUACCCAAUAGAAAUGCAACAUGUA